CAAAAUUGUACCAAAAUCACCAAGUAAACAUGGUGUUAACUAAGCUUUCAUUGAUUCUUGUAAUUCUCUCUUCAUUCUUAAGCCUCCAUGCUGCAAACCAAAAUAGGGAAGCAAGUGCUCUAUUUGAGUGGAGAGUGAGCCUUGACAACCAAAGCCAAGCCUCUCUUUCUUCAUGGACCACUCAUGUAAGUCCUUGCAAGUCAUGGAAAGGAAUUGUUUGUGACAAUUCCAACUCUGUCACCGAUAUUAAUGUUACAAACUUUGGACUAAAAGGUACUCUUCACUGUCUCAACUUCUCAUCUUUUCCCAAGUUGCUUAGUCUUGAUAUUAGUAGCAACAGUUUUAGUGGAACUAUCCCUCCACAAAUUGCUAACUUGUCCUCACUUUCUCGAUUGGUAAUGACUGAUAAUCAUUUUAGUGGUUCAAUCCCCAAGGAGAUCGGAGAAUUGGGCAACUUGAAUCGUCUAUUGCUUGAUGAAAAUCAACUUUCUGGUACCAUUCCUCCAACAAUUGAAAUGUUGGCCAACCUCGUGGAAAUUGAUGUGGCAUAUAACUCUUUCUUUGGUACAAUCCCUUCCAUUAGAAACCUGACAAAUUUAGAACACCUUGGGCUCACAAACAAUAGUCUUUCUGGCCAUAUUCCACCUUACAUAGGAGACUGCUUGGUCAAUUUGACGAUUUUUGAAAUCGAUUCUAAUAAAAUAUCAGGAACAGUUCCUUCCAAUAUUGGAAACUUGACAAAGCUGAACCAAGUGAUUGUGGCCGAGAACUUGAUUUCUGGAUCAAUUCCUUCCUCUAUCGGAAACUUGGUCGACCUAACGAUCUUAGACCUUUCUAUGAACAAUUUUUCCGGAGUUGUUCCUUCCACCUUUGGAAAUUUGACAAACCUUGGCAAAUUUUUACUGUAUAAUAACAAACUUCAUGGCAGAUUACCACCAGCAAUGAAUAACAUUACAAGUUUUCAGAAUUUACAACUAGCUAACAAUAAUUUCACUGGGCCUUUGCCGCAACAAAUUUGCCUUGGUGGAUUACUCACCAAAUUUUGUGCUGACCAUAAUUAUUUCACGGGUCCAGUUCCUAAAAGCCUAAAAAAUUGCUCCCGUCUUUACAGACUCAGACUAGAUGAAAACCAAUUGACCGGAAAUAUAUCAGAUGAUUUUGGUGUAUAUCCGCAAUUGGUCCAUGUUUAUUUGAGUAGCAAUAAUUUCUAUGGCCACAUUUCACCAAAUUGGGGAAAGUGUCCCAAUCUCACAUACCUUAUGAUGUCCAACAACAAUUUAUCUGGUGGUAUACCCCCAGAACUUGGCCAUGCAACCAAGUUAGCAGAACUUGAUUUGUCUUCAAAUCAUCUAACAGGAAAAAUUCCAAAAGAACUUGGGAACUUGACCUCAUUGUCUAAGCUAUCAAUAAGUGACAAUGAACUUUAUGGCAACAUUCCUACACAAAUAGGUGCUUUGUCCCGCCUUCAAAAUUUGGAGCUUGCAGCAAAUAAUUUUGGUGGCCCAAUUCCAAAACAGGUGGGAGAAUUGCUCAAUUUACUUAACUUGAACUUGAGCAAGAAUAAUUUCACAGAAAUAAUUCCUUCGUUUAUCCAAUUGCCAUCUCUUGAAGUUCUUGAUCUUAGUUGGAAUUUGUUAAAUGGAGAAAUACCAGUAGCACUUGCAAGUAUGGAAAGAUUGGAAACACUAAACCUCUCCCACAACAAUCUCUCUGGAGCCAUUCCAUCCAGUUUUAAGGAUAUGGCUAGCUUGACAAAUGUUAACAUAUCCAACAACCAAUUAGAGGGUUCAAUUCCUAACAAUCCAGCUUUUCUUAAGGCUCCCUUUGAUGCUUUGAAAAAUAAUAAAGGCUUGUGUGGAAAUGCCUCCGGUUUGCUGCCUUGCCCAAAGUUAAGCCCUCGUGGAAAAACAAAAAUAAAAGUCACCAUGUUGACUUUAGUCUUUACUUUGGGUGCUCUAUUUAUAGUAGUGUUUGUGGUUGGAGUUUUGUCAUGUAUUUGCUAUCGGAGAAGAACAACUGCCAAAAAGGAGGAGGCUAAAGAAGAAAAAGUGGAGGAUCAUUUUGCCAUAUGGAGUUAUGAUGGAAAAUUAGUGUAUGAAAAUAUCAUUGAAGCCACAAACGGAUUUGAUGACAAAUAUCUCAUUGGAGAAGGAGGGUCUGCAUCUGUUUAUAAGGCAAAAUUACCCACAGGACAAACUGUUGCGGUGAAAAAGCUUCAUGAGGUACCCAACGAGGAAAGAGUCGAUUUAAAAGCUUUUACAACUGAGGUUAAAGCCUUGGCAGAAAUCAAGCAUCGUAACAUUGUGAAGUCACUUGGAUAUUGUUUACAUCCACGUUUCACCUUUUUGGUUUACGAGUUCCUAGAGGGGGGUAGUGUGGAUAAAGUACUAAACAAUGAUACACGUGCAACAAUGUUUGAUUGGGACAGGAGGGUGAAGGUUGUUAAAGGUGUGGCAAAUGCUUUGUAUCAUAUGCAUUAUGGUUGCUUUCCUCCUAUUGUUCAUCGUGACAUAUCAAGCAAGAAUAUACUUAUAGAUUUGGAUUAUGAAGCCCACAUCUCUGACUUCGAAACAGCUAAAAUUCUAAAUCCUGAUUCACACAAUUUAACCGCAUUUGCUGGAACCUAUGGGUAUUCUGCACCAGAGCUUGCUUAUACUAUGGAAGUGAAUGAGAAAUGUGAUGUGUUUAGCUUUGGAGUGCUUUGUUUGGAAAUAAUCAUGGGAAAGCAUCCAGGAGAUCUCAUUUCUUCAUUAUUUUCAUCCUCUGGAACAUUACCGGUGUCUAAUUUGCUGUUAAAGGAUGUGUUGGACCAGCGACUUCCUCAGCCAAUGAAGCCAAUUGUUGAGGAGGUGAUCGUCAUUGCAAAAAUAACAUUUGCUUGCUUAAGUGAAAGUCCUCGUUUUCGUCCAAGCAUGGAACAAGUGCAUAACGCUUUUGUGAUGCCACAAUUAUCUUCAGUGGAUCCACUCCCCAUGAUCACACUCGGUCAACUUGUAAAUAAUUAAAUCUUGUUUUCUGGUGUGUUGUAAGUUUUUUUUUUCUUUCUUUUUUUCUUUUGGUGCGUGGUGUUAGCUUUUUUUUUUUUUUUU